AUGAUAUCUGCAUCAAUGGGGGAAAUUGCUGCUUGUUUUGUAAGAGUACCAGCUGAAGUUAUUAAACAACGUACACAAGCUUCACAUUUAGGUAACAAUACAUCAUGGAGUAAUUUUAUUCAUAUUAUUAAAAAUAAUCUGAAUGAAGGAAUAAUCCGUGGAUUGUAUCGUGGUUGGAAUACCACAAUUAUGAGAGAAAUUCCAUUUACUAUAAUUCAAUUCCCAUUAUAUGAAUGGUUAAAAGUUCAAUGGCAACAAAAUAAAGGAUUAAAUUUUAUUCCUGAUGGAUUUAAAGGUGCUUCAUGUGGGAUGAUUGCCGGAGGGGUAGCAGCUGCCAUGACUACACCUUUAGAUGUUAUUAAAACUAGAAUUAUGUUACAUAAAGAUAGAAUAAGCGUGGCCAAAUUAGUUAAACAUAUGAUUCAUGAAGAAGGUGCAAAAGUAUUGUUUAAUGGUAUUGUACCAAGAACUUGUUGGAUUAGUUGUGGUGGUGCUAUCUUUUUGGGAUGUUAUGAAUUAGUUCACACGGAAUUAAUGAAGAUAAAAAGUCCCCAAGACAAGUUGAAUUAG